AAGACCAUGUUGGAAAGAGGGGAAAGACAGAGCGGGUUCCUCAGAGGAGCUACUAGAAGAUCAGACAAAGCUGUUUACAGCUGCAUUACAUCACCAGGAGGUGUAGCAGAGACAUACUCAGAAAUACUGAGGACAUUAAUCAACUCAACAUGAUGGAGGUGGUCCUCACAAGGCUGCGGGACUUUUCCUGCAAGACCUCAACCUUUGAUGAGAAGAAACAGGAAGAGCAGGAUCCUCAGGUUCGAUCUCAUCACCUCAGAGGGGGGUGCACAGCUGGAGGAGGAGGCAGCAGACUGGACAUAGAAAGCGCUCUGGCCUGGCUGCGAAUGGAGCUGAUGGAGAUGCGCUCCCAGGAUCAGGCUCUGAUACGUCAACUGAUGGAGCUUCACUCUGGCAUCCAGGAGCUCAAGCAGGAGCUGUCUGAGGAGGAGCAAGAGGAAGACACUGAUGAGGAGGAAGAGGAGGACAGUUACUGGGAUCUGGGGAGUGAAGGAGGAAAUGGAAGCUUCUUCUCCACUCCAGGGAGGGUGGUCUGUAACAUGUACCAUCAGAAGAUUCCUCAGUACCUUUACUCGAGAGGUUUACCUGAGAAGGUUCUCUCCAGGAGGAGCUCUGUGCCUUAAAGUUCAUUUAUUAUACAAAUUAUUUAAGUUUAGAAUCAUGUUGAGUUCUCACAAAAUGCUUAACAGACGUGUGAUUGAAAAACAGUUACACAAACACUUGACCUCGUGAAAAAACAUGUUUUAUUUUAGAGUUAGAAAUACUUAUUUUAUUUUUCAAUAAAUAUUCACUUAGUUGCAUUUUGUAAUUUGUGCCACUAGAUGUCCCCGUAGCAUUGCUAAAGAACAAAACUUUAAAAAAAAUUAUGACAAAAACACAUUUUUAUGUGAGUGAUCAAUUAACAACAAUUAAAAAUGAAGGGGAACAAAAAAAUCUUGUAAAUUGUAUUUUAGUUGUAAAUCAAAAAAAGUUUGUUUUGAUAUUAGUGAGAAAAAAACAUAAAAUCGUACAAUUUCUUAUCAGUUCAAUAAAAUUGAUUUGAUUUCUGCUAACAUUUUUUAGUGUUAACCAUUCUUUUUUCACUUAUGGUUAGAUUUUUUUUUAUAAUCUCUUAAAAUAUGAACAUAUUUUUCUUUUUCUGGUUAUUAAAAACUGUUUUCUUAAGCAAAUUAUAGGAUCAGACUUAAGGAAUCCUUUGCAAAAAAGAAUGAAUCUUUGACUCUAAUAUGUCGUGAAAUUAAAUCCUGAUGUGUUCAGAUCUGUUUUCUGAACUGUUUUAACUGAAGAUGUUCUCUAAUAAGAGUUGAUGCAGCUUUUUAAAACCAAAAUGUUGCAAAUGAUUUGUCCUUUUCGUGAUGCAGAUUUGCUGUAUUUUUACUUCCAUACCAAACUAAACUGACUGUGUGGCUGACUGAGGCUUUUAUAAAUCCCUUGAUAAAGAACAACGUCAUCUCUGACCUUUGAAGGCUCUAAAACCCUUCUAACGACUUUGUGUGUGAGUUUAUUUGUCGUUAAAGUGACCUUUACUUAAAUCUAGCUCGUGUUUCAACCUGCAACUGUGGUCAAAAUGAUCGGACAACAUUUGGAAAAGAUGAAAAUCAAUUGUUCUGAAAGAAGAUGCUCAAUAAAGAUACUAAGAUGA